AAAGAUUGCUGAGUGGUGUUGGACCAUUCUUUCAAGCAUUCUAGCUUUUUGGCUUUCUGCAUAAAUACCCAAUCUUGGUCUUUGUAAAAUUUGGACUUUGGGGAUCUACAAAUCCAAUUCUCAUUCUUUCCAAACAGAGUACCACAGAAAGAAAACUCAAGAGAGGAAAAAAAUAAAUAAAUAAAUAACAGAGAAGAAAAACAGAGACGAAAUGGUGAGAGCUCCUUGCUGCGAAAAGAUGGGACUGAAAAAGGGUCCGUGGACUCCUGAAGAAGACCAAAUUCUUAUCUCUUACAUCGAAAAAUAUGGCCAUGGAAAUUGGCGUGCUCUUCCCAAGCAAGCUGGACUAUUAAGAUGUGGAAAGAGUUGCAGACUCCGGUGGAUAAACUACUUGAGACCAGAUAUUAAGAGAGGAAAUUUCACCAAAGAAGAGGAGGAAGCCAUUAUCAACUUGCAUGAAAUGCUAGGGAAUCGAUGGUCGGCAAUUGCAGCUAGAUUACCGGGACGAACUGAUAACGAAAUAAAAAAUGUAUGGCACACCCAUUUAAAGAAAAGGCUGACGAAAAACAGCCAUGGAAGCUCUGAAUCCAAAGCACCUUUCUCUGCCAUUUCCAAAUUGAUCUCCCAGAAAUCGUUAUCUGAACCAGAAUCAAUGUCAUCAUCUUCACAACAAGAACCAUCGUCCAGCGAAUUUUCCUCUGUCACUGAUACAAAUUCAGUGACAACAACCAUGGAAACAACUAUUGAAGACAAGGCCAUAAUGAACAAUAUCAUGAUCAAGAACGAGACCAUGGAGUUCUCGGAAGAUUUCCCGGAAAUCGAUGAGAGUUUCUGGUCGGAAGCACUUUCCGAUGGAAAUUCCGGCAACCCAUUUGAGUUUUCAGAUGGAUUGCAACACCAAUCUUCAUUCAGUUCCAGUGAAUCAGUGGAAUUGAAUCGUGGAUUUAUUAUUCCAAAUGUUGAUGAUAGCAUGGAAUUUUGGUACGACCUUUUCAUCAGCGCUGGAGGGGCACCUGAAUUACCUGAAUUUUGAAAUGUUUAUUAAUUUUUUUUUUAUAUAUAUAUAAUUCUUACUCUUAUUAAUCUUUGGUGGGCAAUUAAUAUUUUGGCGGUUAGGAUAAUUUAAAAAUAUCCUGGUGUCUCAAAUUUGACCGUUGAGGAGAGAGAGGACAGAAAUUUCCAACGUGGGUGCAAAGUUGUCCCUUUGUGUCCAAAAGUCAGAAUAAUCAUCUCCAUAUUGACGAAGAAAAUUACGUGGAGAGCAAAGCUGGGUCUUGGAAAAGAAAAAAUAUAUAUUUAAUUAAUUUGGCGAAGACAUUACAUGUGGGUGGCAAUUCUGAUGGUGAUAUUUGAAGAGACAGACACAGAGAAGAAUAGAUUGAGAGAAAGAGGAGAGAAAAAAAAUAAAAAAAUAGACUUAGGAAUAGUUUUUGUAUAGUUGUUUAGUUAGAUUUUGUAGUGAAUUUCUUUUAAUUUUAAGAAAAUGGUACUCCAAUAAAAGAUAUAAAAAAUUUGUAUCCUAUGUUCUAAAUUUAUUUUUUAUUUUACUUGUAUGUUUCACAUUGGUUGGAUUAUUAAUAAAUAGUCCAUUUAUGUCGUA